CCGCGCCGGCAGGAAGCCGGAAGCGGCCGGGGCGCUGGGCAGGCCGGCGGGAGACGGCUGGUGCGUGGGGCCGGCGGGCAGAGCAGGGUGAAAAAUAAAACUGUCUAAUCAAAGAGCAGAGAUGCAGAGCACUUCAAAUUACCUCUGGCUGUUGUCUGACAUUCUAGGACAGGGAGCUACUGCAAAUGUUUUCCGAGGGCGACAGAAGAAAACUGGGGAUUUGUAUGCUGUAAAAGUAUUUAACAGUAUAAGUUUCCUUCGUCCUGUGGAUGUUCAGAUGCGAGAGUUUGAAGUAUUGAAGAAACUAAAUCAUAAGAACAUUGUUAAACUAUUUGCCAUCGAAGAAGAGACAACGACUAGACACAAAGUACUAGUUAUGGAAUUUUGUCCCUGUGGGAGUUUGUACACAGUUUUAGAGGAGCCAUCUAAUGCCUUUGGUUUGCCAGAGUCUGAGUUCUUGAUUGUUUUGAGAGAUGUGGUGGCUGGAAUGAAUCAUCUCCGUGAGAAUGGAAUAGUGCACCGUGACAUCAAACCAGGCAAUAUAAUGCGUGUUAUAGGGGAAGAUGGUCAGUCUGUUUAUAAACUUACAGACUUCGGUGCUGCAAGAGAACUUGAAGAUGAUGAACAAUUUGUUUCUCUCUAUGGCACAGAAGAGUAUUUGCAUCCUGAUAUGUAUGAGCGAGCAGUCUUGAGAAAAGAGCAUCAGAAAAAGUACGGAGCAACAGUUGAUCUGUGGAGCAUAGGGGUGACCUUUUACCAUGCUGCAACAGGGAGUUUGCCUUUCCGACCUUUUGAAGGACCUCGUAGAAACAAGGAAGUGAUGUAUAAAAUAAUCACUGGAAAACCUUCAGGGGCUAUUUCUGGAAUACAGAAAGCAGAAAAUGGACCAAUUGAGUGGAGUUGGGAGAUGCCUAUUUCUUGUAGUCUCUCAAAGGGUCUGCAAGUUCUCCUCACACCUGUCCUUGCGAAUAUUCUUGAAGCAGACCAGGAAAAAUGCUGGGGAUUUGACCAGUUUUUUGCAGAGACAAGUGACAUACUGCACCGAAUAAUAAUCCACAUAUUUUCGUUACAGCAGAUGACCUUGCACAAAGUUUAUAUUCACAACUAUAAUACAGCUGCUAUAUUUCAUGAAUUGGUCUACAAACAGACAAAAAUUCCAUCUCAGAAUCAAGAACUGAUAUAUGAAGGUCGGCGUUUAAUACUAGAGCCUGGCAGAUUGGCACAGCACUUCCCCAGAACAACUGAGGAGAAUCCUAUCUUUGUAGUGAGCAGGGAGCCUGUCAACAUUGUUGGAUUAAUCUAUGAAGAAGUUUUACUUCCAAAAGUACAUCAACGUUAUGAUUUGGAUGGGGAUGCCAGUAUGGCUAAAUCCGUGACAGGUAUUGUAUGUUAUGCCUGUAGAGUUGCCAGUUCUUUGCUACUUUACCAGGAGCUGAUGCGAAAAGGAAUACGAUGGCUAAUUGAAGUAAUCAAGGAUGAUUACAACGAAAUGGUUCAUAAAAAGACAGAGGUUGUCAUCAGGCUGGAUUUCUGCAGCAGAAACAUUGAGAAAGCUGAGAAAAUAUAUGAGAAUUUGAUGCAGAUCAACUUGGAAGCAUCAGAAGUGGAUGAAAUUUCAGAGAUACACACAAAGCUGUUGCGUCUCUCCAGCUCUCAGGGCACAAUAGAAACUAGUCUUCAAGAUAUCAAAACCAAACUCUCUCCUGGUGGUUUACUGGCUGAUGGCUGGGCAAAUCAGGAAGGCAUGCAUCCAAAAGACAGAAAUCCAGAAAGGCUGCAGGCGCUGCUGUCUUCCAUCACAGACAUUUAUUAUCAGUUCAAAAAAGACAAAGCAGAACGAAGGCUUCCCUAUAAUGAAGAACAAAUUCACAAGUUUGACAAGCAGAAGCUGUAUUUGCAUGCUACAAAAGCCAUAGCUCUUUUCAAAGAUGAAUGUGUCAGCAAGUAUGAUACGUUUUUGGACAAAGCUGAGGACUGGACAAGGAAAAUGCUUCACACAAGGAAACAGUUACUGGCUCUCACCAACCAGUGUUUUGGUAUUGAAGAAGAGGUGUCCAAAUACCAGGACUAUAUAAAUGAGUUACAAGAUGCUCUGCCACAGAAAAUGUUUGCAGCUUCGAGUGGGAUGAAACAUACAAUAAAUACAGUCUAUCCAAGCUCAAACACAUUAGUGGAAAUGACCCUUGGUAUGAAGAAACUAAAGGAGGAGAUGGAAGGUGUUGUUAAAGAGCUGGCUGAGAACAAUCACAUUUUGGAAAGAUUUGGUGCUUUGACUACGGAUGGUGGCCUGCGGAAUGUGGACUGUAUCUAGCUUUCAAAGGACCGGAAGAGGACUUGUAAAUUUUUUCAAAGGGAAAAAAGUACUGUUGGGGCAUUUAAAGGCAGAUAAUAAAUCUGUAUCUAGGGUUUUUUCCUUCGACAACUGUAAUAUUAAAAAAAAUGUAAAUAUGUAUAAGAUGUAAAUAUAAAAGAAAUAUAUAUCUUUUCUUGGUCACUUUUAGGAUAGAAUUACUUCUGGCAGGGAAUUGAGCCCCUUGGAGGAUUUCUGAGGAAAUCCUAAAGGAAAAGGUGUUGUUGAUGAAAUUAUUUGUCUGCUUGGAAUAUUGCCUUUUUUUUCAGAAUGCAGUUUGGUCUUUGCUGCAAGAAGACUUGGAGAACUCUAGAACACCCUUGUAUAAAAGGUGUUUUAGAUUUCCUUUAACAACCACUAGUCUAGCUGAAUGACUUUGAUCAUCACAGAACAUGACAAAUGUUUUAAAUGAGAUGUUUUUAAAUGAGUGUGAGAAUAGGGACUAAAAGCGCAUAGGACAGAGCGGAAAUGCAUUUCUCUUUCCGUCACAUCUAAACUGUUAGUUCACUUCUACUUGAGAAAGAAAACUCAAAAUAUUUUUUUAAGCUCUCUUCAUAUUUAGUGCCAUGUUGUCUGUAAUCAUUUGACUGCUCUGUAUAUGGAAGUUUUGCACUCCAGCAUGUCAGACUGAAUGUCAAAAUUCCUUUUUUGGAGUACAGCACUUUAAGAAUUUCCCUGUAAUCUUAUUGCUCACCACAAGAGAAGCGGGUUCUUAAAAUAGCUUUUUCAGGAUUUUGUUUGCAGGUAUAAUUUUUAAAAAAAGGUUAAAAAUUCAUAGGAGGACAAUUUGUGGGUAGUCAGUAGACUGGAUAGCAUCAUGCUUCAGUAGUAACUGAAAAUUGGAAAAAUAAAUUACUGGUCUAGAUCUUGAAAAGGGAUCACUCCCACUGCUGAGUUAUGACUGAGAUAUCAAACUCAGAUGGAAAAUUUAGUAAGACUCUAUUUUCCAGCAUGAGUAGUUAGUACUUUCAGUAUCAGGAACAGUGUGGCCAACACAAUCCAGGGAAGUGAUUCUUCCCCUGUACUCAGCACUGGUGAGGCCACACCUCAAGUACUGGGUCCAGUUCUGGGCCCCUCAGUUCAGGAAGGAUAUUGAGGUGCUGGAGCAGGUCCAGAGAAGGGCAACAAGGCUGGUGAAGGGACUCAAGCAUAAGCCCUAUGAGGAAGAGGCUGAGGUAGCUGGGGUUGUUUAGCCUGGAGAAGAGGAGGCUCAGGGAGACCUCCUCACUCUACAACUCCCUGAAAGGAGGUUGUAGCCAGGUGGGGGUUGGUCUCUUCUCCCAGGCAGCUAUCAGUAAGACAAGAGGGCAUGGUCUUAAGCUGUGCCAGAGGAGGUUUAGGUUGGAUAUUAGGAAGAAAUUCUUUACAGAGAGGGUAAUCAGGCAUUGGAAUGGGCUGCCCAGGGAGGUGGUGGAGGUCCCUUGAGGUUUUUAAGAUGAGACUGGAUGUGGCACUUAGUGCAAUGGUCUAGUAACCACGGUGGCAGCGGAUAAGGAGUUGGACUCGGUGAUCUCAGAGAUCUUUUCCAACCCAGCUGAUUCUAUGAUUCUGCUUCCAAAUAUGUAGGAGAGGAAAAAGAGAAGAGAAAAACAAGCAAAAUCUCAGAAAACAUCCCUUUGUUUGGAUCUUACAGGUGUACUUACUUGUUUCAGAUAAAGAACAUGCAAAUAUUACAGGACUCAUUCAUUCCUUUUGGAAACCUGGCCAUAAGUGUUCAGUGGUGUCCAAUAGUACUUCUCUUUGGUAUAUUACAUCUGUAAGUAGAGCUGGACCAAAUAUAUUUAGAAUUUUCUAUAAUUAAUGGUGAAACAUUUAGGUAUAAACUAAACACACUGACCUGUGAUAGCAUUCAAUAGUUUUGUGAUGCUUAUUCCCUGCAUAUCUGUCCAGGUCAGAAUACAAAACAUUUCCAUUUAAUUUUUUUAAAAUAUUUUGAUAGAAACUUAACAAAAUUUAUAAUCGAGUGUUUCAUUGCUAAAAGAAGAAGAAAUUCACUGCCUUGAUGUCCCAGACCUGCUUUCCAGUGUUCUUGGUGAGAAUCAAAUAUUGAAAGGGAAUUCGGACAUUUUUAUACCCAUAUGAGCAGCUUCUUUCUCUGCAAACUAUCUCCCAAAAAACCUAGCUAUGCAAAAGGAGUGCAGCAGUUUGUCACUCAUCUGUCCUUGGUUAGCCAUGGCAUUCUUAAUUUUUUGUUCUAAAAUACUGGAAUCAUGUCUAACUGGAAUAUUUUAGUGCCUGCUUGUACAUUUGUUCAUUCACAUACACGGUCUCACUGAAUGUCAGUAAAACACAUGAAUAAAUAUUACAAGAAUUGGACUCUGUGCAUAAAUUGUAUUUUUUCCAAUAUUAUGUCUGUAAUACUUUGUUGUUUCAAAGUUCUUAAUCCUGAAAGAAAUCAAAUGUUAGUUGGAAUAUAUAAUUUUAACUUAUCUAUACUGAAGCAGUCUGAAAAAGAAAGUUAAUUGUAGUAACAGUAUAGUCUGUAUAUUGAAAUAUGUGCAGCAUUCUUUUACAUGGUUGAAAACAUUUUGUUAUAUUUUAUGUUCAUUUUAAACAUUGCCGGGUUUAGUGUUGCUGAAUAUAUCAGCAAUCUUAAUCUUGUUAAAAUUUCUUUUUCUAAAGCAAUUUUAAUGAAGCAGUAGCUAAGGAACUUGAAGUAAUCAGUUCAUAAUCUACUGAUUACAUUAUUAUGAAGCAAAUAAUUUUUCAAGUCAAAGUGUAGUGCACAGUACCAUCAACUUUUUGCUCAAAGUGUCCUGAUGCUAUGAGUCAUGCUACUGAUUUGUCAAAAAAAGUAAUAGAAAAUAAUAUAUGGUUCUUCCUCCUGAAGCUGGUUUACUGGUUUGUGGGGGUUUAGCUGAAUAUAUUAAUUAUCUGUUACUUGAACAAACCUGUCUUCCUACGAACUGUGAAAAUGCAUGAGCAAAUGAUUUAAUGGCAUAAAUACAUUGUCAACCACUUAUUGUA